AUGGCGCCGCGGCUGGGGCUCUUUCUGAUUUGGGCUGGAGUGUCUGUGAUUCUGCAACUGCACCCUGUGAACGGAGAUGAUGAACUUACCCGAAACAAGUCUUCUGAGGAAUCACCCGAAGAUGAAGCAUGUGUUUUCCCGUUCACCUACAAAGACAGAAGGCAUUUUGACUGCACAUUCCAUGGUUCCAUAUUCCCGUGGUGUUCCCUCGAUGCAGACUAUGUAGGAAGAUGGAAAUUCUGUUCUGAGAGCGACCAUGCCAAGUGUGUCUUUCCCUUUAUCUUUGGAGGCAAGAAAUAUGAGACUUGCACAAAAAUUGGGAGUAUUUUGGGGGCUUGGUGCUCACUCUCUCCAAACUACGACCAGGAUGGAGCUUGGAAGUAUUGCUAG